UCUCCCAACUCUCAUCAUUCACUUACACUUCCAUUACAAAACCAAACAACCUUAAACAAACCACCACCACCACCAGCAUGGCCACCCAACUGCUCCUCACACUGUUCCUUCUCUCUUUCACCGUCGCCACCAUAGCAGAAGACACUGGCUAUGUGGGCACAGUGGAUCCCAAGUCCCUCGGCCUCAACAAGAGAAAAACCCUAAGCCACUUUAGAUUGUACUGGCAGGACGUCAUAAGCGGCUCCAACGCCACCGCCAUAAACAUCAUCCCGGCUAUCCCCAAGUACAACACCACCACCUCCUUCGGCUCCGUCACCGUGACGGACAACGCCUUGACCCUGGGACCCGAACUCAGCUCCAAGGUUGUGGGAAGAUCCGAAGGAAUCUACGCCCUGACAUCGCAGUCGCAGGUUACUCUCCUCAUGGUGAUGAACUUUGUCUUGACGGAAGGAAAGUACAACGGGAGCAGCAUAACUAUCGUGGGGAGGAACGUGGCUUAUGAUGAAGAAAAAGAGUUGCCUGUGGUUGGAGGAAGUGGAGUUUUCAAGUUUGCUACAGGUUACGCUCAUGCUAAGACCUACCACUUUGACCCUACCACCGGUGAUGCUACCACUGAGUACAACAUCUACGUCUUCCAUUAUUGAAUGUUCAACGCUUUGCUUUCUAUUAUCAAAAUUUUAUUUUAAUUUGCUUUUUUUUUUCUUUUUUUUAUUAGAUUUUAGUUCUCUGUGUCGAUUUUCUAGCUGGUACUACUGAUAUGGUUGGUACUUGCUAUUCCAAUAAGAAUAAUAAUGAGAAUAAUUGAGCUUUUUAUUUUU